UUGACACGCCUCCUAUAGACAGGAAGAGUAGUGAUACAGUGAGAGAUCGGACACAAUCGUUUGAAGACCAGCUGGUCCAGUCUGGUGAAGGGGGAGGAGAAGAGGGCGGGGCUAACCGAUCAGAGAUCCUAUCACGUAUUUCAAAAAUGGGUCAGUCAAUGUUACCAGUUGCCACUACUGUUGCUUCGACCAGUGAACCAACUGUUGCACCAGUGUCGCAGGCCACACCUCCUGUUGCAUCAGAACCAGUCCCAGUGCAGCCUCAACCAGUUCCUCAGGUUGUACAGCCUCAGGCUCCGCCCAUUGCCCAACCCUCUCCAUUUCAACAACAACCACAAGUUAUGACUAGCGUUGGACCUCAAAUUAUUCAACCAAUGGGCGGAGUGAUGGGUGGAGUUGUGGGCGGAGUUCCAGGAAGCACAAUGCCUGGAACUAUGAAUGGAGUAAUCGGAGGAGGAAUGAUGGGCGGGGCAAUGGGUGGAGCUCCAGCUAAUCAAUUAGCACUUUAUCAACCACCUUCAAGCCAGUUUGGAUAUAAUCCGGCUACUGGUUACUAUGGGCAACAGCCAGGGGGCUUUGGACAAAACAUGUACGGACAACCUAUUCCCCCUCCUGGUAUGGCCCCGCCCCCAGCUCCUCCCCCUGCCCCACCCCAGCAACAAGACUCAUCCAGUGGUACCAAUACAACACUGUGGAGUGAGACCAGACAUCAA